GGGCAUUCACACAACGACGCGGUGGAAGAGAAUGGAGGACCUUCUCUUAGCGCAAAGACGAAAUUUCGGAAUUAGAUAAAGAUUGAUUUUUUUCAUUUUGUUGAAACGACCGUGUUCCUGAAUGAUUAGAGGGGUAACAUGAAGAGGAUGGUUUAGCUAGGCGGAGGGUUUAUGCAUACGGCUGUGUUGCUACGUAUGCAGCAGACCCUUGGUGGGACCAACGGCAGCGGGAGAAAGAAGCUUUUCUAUCAUGAAAGAGAGUGAGCAGAGCCUUCUGGAGGGUGUCAGAAUUUAGCAAAAAAAAAAGAAAAAAAAAAAGGUCUGCCGAAAGACGCAAGAUUACGAGGUGGAAAGGAACAGAGUUGGUUAAGUUUAAGGGGAAUGGCAGGUAGAAGCCGAAGAGCAUGGUUAAGUGUUCUGUUAGGACUGGUUGUCGGAUUCACUCUGGCUUCCAGACUUAUUUUGCCCAGGGCCACGGAGUUGAAUAAAGCUGGUCAGAAACGCAGGGCGAGCACCGGCGGCUGCGGGUUGCAAGGGGCUUUGAGAAAAGACGGCGGUGCGCUAGUGUGGCAACAGCAAGAAAACCGAUUAGCGUCAACUGUGAAGCCGGUCCCCAGGUCCAGCAGUUUUCUUUUCGUUGGCGUGAUGACUGCUCAGAAAUAUCUGAACAACCGUGCUGUGGCUGCUUACAGGACUUGGGCUCAGACCAUCCCAGGCAAGGUGGAGUUCUUCUCCAGCGAGGGCUCAGACACCUCCAUCCCUGUCCCCAUCGUGCCCCUGAAGAACGUGGACGACUCGUACCCGCCGCAGAAGAAGUCCUUCAUGAUGCUCAAGUACAUGCACGACCACUACCUGGACCACUACGAGUGGUUCAUGCGGGCGGACGACGACGUCUACAUCAAGAGCGAGCGCCUGGAGGGCUUCCUGCGCAGCCUCAACAGCAGCGAGGCCAUCUUCCUGGGCCAGACGGGCAUGGGCGCCCGCGACGAGCUGGGCAAGCUGGCGCUGGAGCCCGGCGAGAACUUCUGCAUGGGCGGCCCCGGGGUGAUCAUGAGCCGGGAGGUGCUGCGGAGGAUGGUCCCGCACAUCCGCCAGUGUCUACAGGAGAUGUACACCACGCACGAGGACGUGGAGGUGGGCCGCUGCGUGCGCAGGUUCGCCGGCGUGCAGUGCGUCUGGUCCUAUGAGAUGCAGCAGCUGUUCUAUGAAAACUACGAGCCCAACAAGAAGGGGUAUAUCCGCGACCUGCACAACAGCAAGAUCCACCGCGCCAUCACCCUGCACCCCAACAAGAACCCGCCCUACCAGUAUCGGCUCCACAGCUACGUCCUGAGCCGCAAGAUCGCCGAGCUGCGGCACCGCACCGUGCAGCUGCACCGCGAGAUCGUCCAGGUCAGCCGCUACAGCAGCGCCGAGGUGCGCAAGGAGGACCUGCAGCUGGGCGUGCCGCCCUCCUUCAUGAGGUUCCACCCUCACCAGCGCGACGACGUCCUGGAGUGGGAGUUCCUGACGGGGAAGUACAUCUUCUCCUCGGCCGACGGCCAGCCGCCCCGCCGCGGCAUGGACACCUCGCAGAGGGUGGCCCUGGACGACAUCAUAAUGCAGGUGAUGGAGAUGAUCAACGCCAACGCCAAGACCAGGGGCCGCGUCAUCGACUUCAAGGAGAUCCAGUACGGCUACCGCAGGGUCAACCCCAUGUACGGGGCCGAGUACGUACUGGACCUGCUCCUGCUCUACAAGAAGCACAAGGGCAAGACCAUGACCGUGCCCGUGAGGAGGCACGCCUACCUCCAGCAGACCUUCAGCAGGAUCCAGUUCCAGGAGGAGGAGGAGAUGGACUCAGUCGCGCUGGCUGGCAGGAUCAACCAAGACUCGGACUCGCUGUCCUUCCUGUCCAACUCGCUGAAGAUGCUGGUGCCUUUCAAGCUCAGUAGCGCGGGCUCCGACUCCAAGGAGCCCAAGGAGAAGAAGGUGAACAUCCUGGUCCCGCUCUCGGGACGCUACGACAUAUUUGUGCGCUUCAUGGCGAAUUUCGAGAAGGUGUGCCUCGUGCCCAACCAGAACGUCAAGCUCCUGAUCCUGCUGUUCAGCACGGACAACAACACCGAGCGGGUGAGGCAGACUGAGCUGAUGAGGGAGUACCACAUGAAGUACCCCCGCGCCGAGAUGGAGAUCAAGGGCGUGUCGGGCCCCUUCUCCCGGGCCCUGGCCCUGGAAGUAGGCUCCUCACACUUCUCCAAUGACUCCGUGCUUUUCUACUGUGACGUCGAUUUGCUGUUUACAGCCGAAUUCUUGAAGAGGUGUAGGGGCAACACCAUACUGGGAGAGCAGACGUACUUCCCGAUCAUCUUCAGCCAGUACGACCCCAAGGUUGUCUACGCGGGGAAGGUUCCCAGUGACAACCACUAUGUGUUCACCUCCAAAACGGGGCUGUGGAGACACUAUGGCUACGGUAUAGUCUGUGUAUACAAAGGAGACCUGCUUCGAGCUGGGGGCUUUGACGUCUCCAUCCAAGGCUGGGGCCUAGAGGACGUGGACCUUUUUAACAAAUUUGUCCAAUCAGGAAUGAGACUUUUCAGAAGCACAGACACUGGUAUAGUGCACGUUCAUCACCCUGUGAUAUGUGACCCCAACCUUGAGCCCAAACAGUAUAAAAUGUGCCUGGGGUCGAAGGCCUCAUCACACGGGUCCACACAGCAGCUGGCUGAACUGUGGCUGGAUAAGAACGACCACGGCUUCCGGAAACUCAGCAGUAGUAAUAACCAAUCAAUGAGGACAGCAUGAGCCAGUGAGGGUGGACCUGGUGACUGCAUAUCAAUAUUUUUAACUACCUAAUUUAUUUUCUACAUUCACACACACCUGCAGGCGACUCGGAAAUAUUUUGGAAAUACUUUUUAUAAGACGCAAGCAUUCACAGUUCAAGGUUUUAAAAAUCAUUCUUGCGUGAACCUAAGAAUGGAAACGGUGAAGUUUAAGAAAGUAAAGCUUUUGAAUUCUCUUUCACAAACAAUGUUCUGACUGUUCUGUAUUAUUGUAGAGAUUGGGGUAUGGUGGGUACUCUGGGUGUUGCUGUGGAACUUGAUGAAGUACAUGGAUGAAGUCCUAGUCCUGGUAUUGGGGUAAAUGUAUUUUUACUUGUGAAUGUUUACAGAUGGGAGCAGGAACCUGCAGCAUCAGCAGGAAAGGUUGAUGUCUCAAUUGACCACAAUCUUAAUUUAUCAUGGGCCAUAGAAUUACAUGAUUUGUCAUGUAUUUGUUUUUUUUAUGUAUUUUGUAUAAUGCAGAACAACACUGUUUUUGGUUUGUGUUUUUUUUUCUGUUUUUGUUUUGGUUUUUGUUUUCCAUUUCGUAGAAAUUCAUCUCUACUUCCUAGAACAAAACCUGCUGGAUCUGAUAUUUUGCGAUUCAUUUCAGCUGUCUAAUUUAUUGAAUAUCCAUUCACUUUUUCCAGUUAUCUGGUGUUUUUUAUUUUUAUUGUUUAUUAGAAGGAUUGUAUAACCAUCUCACAGUUGUGGAUAGUAUUUUCUUUUCAAUGUUAUUUCUCAGCAAAGUGUUUGGAUUACCAAAGAGUUUUUGCACAAUUGCGCAAAGUGUUGCGGAUGUAUCGCUUCUUGUGUUGAGGAGUUGCAGGCACGACACAACAUGUACUGUAGAAAAGGAGCGGAGAGCCCUGUGAGAGCACAUGAGAAAGCUUAUCCAUACCUGGUGUUUCAGAGCUGUGAGCAGUCCCAUCCACAGAUGUUCUCACCACCGCCUAACUUCGCGCUGGGAAGCCUAGUAGGAGUAAAUGGCCAUUUACCAGUGUAAAAUCACUAAGAUUCUUGGAGAAGGUUUUAGAAGUUGUCAUUAUCUAACGCUGGGAAGGGACGGCUCUCCUGCAAUAGUCUCAUCUUCUUGACAUUUCUGUCCUCUUUUGGCCCUGGCCAACUGGGAAAAAGGUUUUAUAUUUAAGAAAUAAAUGAAAAAUGUUUAUUAAA